AUGGGCUAUCAGAACCAGCCAGAACACCAGGCAUUUGCACAGUUAUUGCAAGCUCCGCAUGACGCUGCUGAACUGAUCAUCCGUGAGCGGUUCCUUGUCCCAAGAUUGGUUGUGUGCGAUCAGCAUGGCUCCCAGGUUUGUUGUCCAAUAACCGCUGUACAGCUGGAAUGGUCCUUGUGGACAAGAGAUGUGGAGGAAGAAAUAAUUCCAACUUGCAGAGAACUUGGCAUUGGGAUUGUUGACGUUGAGAAGUUGCCGGACUCUGACUCCCGAAAGAUUCUACCAAAAUUCCAAUCUGAGAAUCUCUAG